AUGGCUGCUAGAAACUCCAUCGACUCCAAUUACACCGCAAAGAGAAAAUUGAUACGCCAAAAACAAUGCCGUCGUAAGACAAACCUGAUGAAAAGGGCAUACGAAUAUAGUAAGAUGUGUGGCGUGGAUGUAUGCGUGGGUAUUCGCCUCCGGGAAACGGGCCAAGUACAUAUCCUAUGCUCUGACUCUUCUGGGUUUUGGACAUUCCUUACUUCCCAAUUGGGUUCACACUACCCAACCCCAAAGAUUAUGACGGACCAGGACCUGGAGAAGGCAGUGAAGUCUACAAAUUGUGAGGAAACAGAUUAA